GUGGAAAUGAGGAUGUACCAUCCCUGAAGUGUAAAUUUUAAUCAAAACCAAAUGCAAGUAUUACCUCUGGAGGACCAUCAACUGUCCACGGUACAUAAGCUUUAGUUGCACGUGACCCAGGAUAGGAGCUCGCGAUUAUUCUUGCGGGUUCGGCAGUCAGAGUCGGAUCGCGGUGGUAUAUACUUUCCCGCCUGGAUGCGGGGAAUCCGUCUUCGUGUCUGUUUUACUGUUUUUAUUUUUUUUUUAAUCACUGUUUCCUCACUUGUUGGAUUUUAAGAGGCAAAAGUGCUAGGACUUUGUUUUUACUAGUGACUGCACCUUUACAAUUGAUUGCAGGUGACAAUCAUGGCGCCGGGGCUUCUAUACGUAACGAUGCAGCCGCAGGACGGCCUGUCGGAUGCAGAGUUUCACGACUGGUAUAACAACGAACAUGGCCCUCUUCGUCUGCGGCUCCCGUCCAUCCAGAACGGUUUUCGCUACCGAGCCACGGACCUGGAUGGACCGGGGAAGGGCCUGCCCGAGUGGGUGGCUCUCUACGAUGUCGCUGAUAUGUCGGAGCUGACCAAGGCACCCUACACGACGCUCCGGGAACCUGGUGUCAAGAGUGAGCGUGAGAAGGAAACAAUGGCAAAGAUCGCAGUGGAUCGGCGGUUGUAUGACCUGCUGGAUGACCAGCACGUCGAGGGUUUCCGGCCACUGGAGGAACUUAACGCGCCCGUAGAGGGCAGCGUCCUUGUUGCUCUCAGCACCACCGUACAUCCAGGCAAGGAGAAGGAGCUCGAUCGAUGGUACCGCGAAGAACAUAUCCCACUGCUAUCCAAGGUGCCGGGAUGGCUGCGUACGCGGCGAUUCGCCAGUUCCCAGAUCGAGAAGCAUGAUGAGGUCGAGUACCUUACCCUGCAUGAAUAUUCCGCCAACAACGGACUGGGCGGUCCCGAAUGGCAGGCGUCGACGACCACGCCUUGGACAAAGGAGAUCAACACAAGCGUCGUCAAGGACAAGCGUCGCCGGGCAUAUUCUUGGUAUUACACUUUUGGGCCAGCACCACGCGAGCUGGGUGCGCUGAAUACCGGGAGUGCACCCUUCGUUUCCCCAGAUGGCAAGACGAAGACCUUCCCCGCGUCCGACGGCCGUCGGGCUGCGAUCGAGUCAUACAUCACGACUCGCGACGGUGUUGAGCUCCCGUAUCGUCUCGAAGGGGCUGGGGAGCCAGAUGCCCCGCUGCUGGUGUUGAGCAACUCCAUCCUGGUUGAAUGGGGGAUCUGGGAUUAUUUCCUGGACGCCUUUUUCAAGGAGCCGCAGAACCGUCGUUACCGCGUGCUGCGCUAUCACACGCGCGGGCGUCUCCGGCAGUCUGGCGCACGCCCAGUGACCCUCGACGUCCUGGCGGAGGAUCUCGUCGCCCUGCUGGACGCCCUCCGCGUGCCCCAGGCGGCGGCGGUGAUCGGGGUCAGUCUCGGCGGCGCGACGGUGCUGAAGACGGCCCUGCAGUACCCGGAGCGGGUAGCGGGCUUUGUCAGCUGCGACACCAACGCCGUGAGUCCGUCUGGCAACCGGAAAGCCUGGGGAGAUCGUGCUGCUAUCGCGAUCCAGGAGGGUGCUUCGAACGCCAAGGGCGAAGCCAUCGUCGGACAGGAGCUGGCGGAAGCGACGGUCCGCCGGUGGUUUGUGCCCGGAAGCUAUGAUAACGGUGUGCUGCACGCGCGGAUCGAACGCGUCCGCGAGAUGAUACGCGGCAACAGCCUCAAGGGGUUCCAGCACAGCGUGCAGGCGCUGUUCGACUACGACAUGCAAACAGACAUGAAGGCCUCGGGGACGCGGGGCAUCUUUGUCGUGGGGGGUGGGGACGGUGUCUUGCCGCAGACGAUGAAGGAGAUGGCCAGCAGUCACGGCAGACCGUCUGCGUUGCACGUCCUCGAGGGCGCUGGCCAUCUACCGAUGGUGGAGAAGCCAGCAGAAUUUGCGGAGGUCGUGACACGCUUCCUGGAUGGCCAUUGAUAGUUAGUUAGUUACAUGUGGAACUGUGAAUAAGCACAAGCACAGUAAGACUGUUGAGAGAGAGAAACCCUUAUUGUUUGAUCAGCCCGAUGACGACAAUUAUGAAUGUAGCGUGCUCUAGACAGCGUUUAUGGUAACUUCGGUAUGAGUUGAUAAACCCAAUAAUAUAAUCAACAGGACAAACUUCGGACAUUUCGGCGUUAAUCCCAGGGCAUAUUAGAACUGCCGUGAACCAUCGGGUUCCCUACGAUAUACUGUAGAUACCUAGGUAGGUACUGGAGGCCUCUACCUAAGGUAACAAUUAACCCUGCAGAUGACGACAGAAGCCCAACACCAUCGUGCACCGAUGCUGCAUGCCAAGAUGCAGAAUUUUCGAUACUUUUU